AAGCUUCCUCUCAUCUUAUCCUGGGCUAUGUCGAUACACAAAUCGCAAGGGCAAACACUGGAUCGUGUCAAAGUCGACCUUGCAAAAGUCUUUGAAAAAGGGCAAGCCUAUGUCGCACUUUCCCGUGCCACGUCUAUGGAUGGUUUGCAAGUUCUGAAUUUCAGCGCAGACAAGGUC